AUGUUCUCUAGAUCGCCCUCGUUUGUAUAUUCUUGCAUAAAAUCCGAGACACCAAAAAUCGGCGUCAGGUACACUGCUCAAAGUAAGAAGAAAAGAAUUGUUGUUCAGUUGUUGAAGGACUUUGCUGGGGUGGGUGUCAAGGGUCAGGUUGUUCACGUUAAGGCCUCUACAAUGAUAAACAGGUUACAUCCUUUUAAUGGUGCUGCUUACUUGAAUUACUCUGGUGCUGAGCCUGUGAUUCCGGUGGUUCAGCCGAAAAAGUCUGAACCUCCUAAAGCUGAUGCCAACUUGAGCACCGAAGAGGCAAACGCUACUAAAGCAACUUCUGAAAUUGAAAGUAAUAAGAGACACAGUUCUGAAGAAUUGCUUUCAUUGGAUCAAUUGGUGAGUAUAGACUUGACAGAAUUGGUGGGUACAGAUAAAGACGUGAUCCUCUCCAAAAUUCCCAAGAAAUUAAUCUUCUAUAGAGACACUGUCGAUGAUGAAUUGAGAAAACCCCUUUCUCCUGACAAGAUUAUUGAUACUUUGAAGAAUGUGGCUACUAAGGAGUUGAAGGAACAAAGGUUAAAGAGUUCGGCUAUCCAAUUUUUCCAGAAUCACAGCAUCUUAUUUUUGAUCAAAGCUGUUGGUGAAGAUGGUAAGCCUACCGAAAAGGUGAUCGAUCAAAUAAAGGCUUUGGGUACCUAUCAUAUUUCUCUUCAAGAGAAUGGAGAAGAGCUUGCCUCUACGAUCAUUAGUGUGGGUUCUAGAAAUGAGAAAUAG